AAGCAAUCUGUUUUUUAUUAAAUGGGGAAGCAGCAUUAUCUAAUGUUUAUAGUGGAGAACUCAGAGCCAGGAGACUUGUGUUCUGUUCAUCAUUUUUUACUGACUUACUGUGUGAUGUAGAAACUUUUAUUCCUGACUUAAAACAAAUACUUUAAAAAAUGUGAAUUUAGUAUUCCUAAAGGCACUGGAUUAACAGCCUAUGUAACCGGAGUCCUCUUAAGAAGUCCAUGUAUUGUGUGUGGGUGGUGUUCAAGCAAGCAUCUAGACACUGCCUAUCAUCAAAGAGGAAAUCUCUGGGAAUUAGAAAUUAGUUCAGUUCUCAGUCUCUGCUAAGACUACGGACAAAAAUUAAUUACUGCUGACUAUGUUGGUUUUUUUCCCCUGAUAUGACUGUCUCUGGAAAGUGGACUUAUUUCAUGUAAACUAGCGAAGUAGGUGGUAGAACUUAUAGUUAACUUUUUAAUUGCUACUGAGGUAGAGCAAGAUAUGUUUCAUCAUUCUAGAAGUGAAAACAACUAUAUUCCAUUACCAUUCCUUCAAACCAUCCAGUUUUCCUAAAUUUAUCUAUUAUGUUACAGAUUUAUUUCAGGAGUUGACUCCAAAUUUUGUUACAUUCAGUUUAAGCAUUUUGAGUAUAUUUCAGCUCCACUUAUUAAAAGAGGAGCAGCUUGAUUUUUCAGAGAGUCUAAGUAUAUAUGGUUUAGGACAAACUUGUUGAUUUCUGUUUCAGUUGUAUGCGCUUAGCCCCUCUCAGAAUCAGGCUGAGGAUGUUUGUUGGUUUAGAAAUACUUUUAAUAUUUUAGUUAUUGCAGUAAUGUUGCCUGCUAGAGCAGGGAUUUAGAAUUUUUAACAGAUGUAGUUAAAAAUAAGUUGUAUUAAGAGAUAAGAUACAAUAAACAUCAAUAUACACUAUAUGAAUGUUUCACUUUAUCCCUAACUGAAAAUAUUUAUUUAUUUUAAAGUAUUUUACAAUGAAGUAUUUUUUUUAACAGGGUCUCUGUUUCAUUGGCAUUGGUGCUCUGAUAAAGCAAAAAAGCAACCAACCUCUAAAAUAUUAUAUUCAUUCUUAGAAUUAUAUCAGCAGACACACAGGAACAUUUGGUCAUUUUCAUCACUCCAUACCUUGAAUAUUUUGAAACUUUUUAAAGAAAAUUCAUGUAAUUGAUUAUUCCACUGUUCCUGAUAGGAGGAGGCCUCCACUUUUGAACAGUCUUUAAAGAGUUAACAUAUUAAUUUGGCGUAAUUAAAUUAAUUUUGUGUAAAAUCUGUAAAUUAAGCAUCAUCCAGUUUUCUGUUUUUUAAAGGCAUCAUCUUGAAAUCACAUUUACCUCAAAGUUUUAUACCUAUUAUACUUACAAGUAACCCCUUAGUGUAAAUUUUUCUAUACUUUUGUUUUAUUUUGUACAUCUAACAGCACUUUGUAUAGUCAGUUUCAUUCUUCUCCUGUAUAGUCAGUUUCCAAUACUGCAAAGAUUUACAAAUGGAACUACUCACUUUGGUAGAACAAAUCAUAUGCAGAAAUAUUUGCAAUAUUGAGGACUUAAUUGGAAAAACAUCAGAAUGGAACAGAAAAUCCUAUAAUUUUUAAAGGAUUUUUUUAAUGAAAAGAACCAGGUCAUUAAAGAUGCUUUAUCAGAAAAUUAGUCUGUUCCAAGAUAUUAUAAAAUAGUCAGAUGCAAAAUAUUUAAGUAUUUAAAUAUUAGCACCCUUUAAUAGACAAAACAUUGGUUGUCUGAGCUCUACCUUCCUUCCUUUCCUUUAAAAGGCACAUGGAUAGUUGGAUUUAUUCUUAUCUCUGGAAACACCAUUCUGAUAAUAUGAGCAUGCUCUAAUAGUACAUGCUAUAGCUGCUUCAUAUAAAAAAUGUGUAUCAACAGCCUGAUACAGUGGAUGAUGUUGGAGAAAAAUUAGACCAUAUUGGAAGCACACCUUUAAAAAUCAGCACUGAGGUUUCACACGAUGAUGUUUCUAAAGACGAUGGGUUUGGUUCAGAAGUUAUAAAAGUGUAUAUAUUUAAAGCUGAAGCUGAGGAUGACGUGGAAAUAGGAGGAACAGAAAUUGUCACAGAGAGUGACUUUCACAAUGGACAUUCUGUAGCUGGAGUAAUUGAACAGGGAGGUAUAGGCAGAAUGCAGCGAGAGAAGAUGGUUUACAUGGCUGUUAAGGACUCUUCUCAGGAAGAUGAAGAUAUUAGUUGUGCUGAAAUAGCAGAUGAAGUUUAUAUGGAAGUCAUUGUAGGUGAAGAAGAAGCAACAUCACUUCCCGACACACAACUUGAAGACUCUGGUGUGAAUAAAACUUUUGUUCCUGUUGCUUGGGCUGCUGCUUAUGGAGAUGAAAGAAGACUGCCCAGAAGGUAUGAAGACUGUCAAGCAGCAGGAAAUAACUUGGAUACACGAUUAGAAAACAAAAAUGGUAAUGCAGCACAGUACCUGCAAAUCUGUGAUAGCAUUAACACAAAUAGAGCGCUUAAACAAAAAGCCAAGAAGAGGAGGAGGGGAGAAACCAGGCAGUGGCAAACAGCUGUUAUAAUAGGUCCUGACGGACAGCCCUUAACUGUCUACCCUUGUCACAUAUGUGGGAAAAAAUUUAAAUCCAGAGGAUUCCUGAAAAGGCAUAUGAAGAACCACCCAGAUCAUAUGAUUAAGAAGAAAUACCAGUGUACCGACUGUGACUUUACAACUAACAAAAAAGUAAGUUUCCACAACCAUCUGGAAAGCCAUAAACUUAUAAAUAAAGUUGACAAAACCCAUGAGUUUACAGAAUAUACAAGGAGAUACAGAGAGGCAAGCCCAUUGAGUUCUAAUAAACUGAUAUUGAGGGACAAGGAGCCUAAACUACACAAAUGCAAAUACUGUGACUAUGAGACUGCAGAACAGGGACUGCUGAAUAGACAUCUGCUUGCAGUUCACAGUAAGAACUUUCCUCAUGUUUGUGUUGAGUGUGGGAAAGGAUUCCGUCAUCCAUCUGAGCUUAAAAAGCAUAUGAGGACCCACACUGGGGAAAAGCCAUACCAGUGUCAGCACUGUGUCUUCAGAUGUGCUGAUCAAUCCAAUCUGAAAACACACAUAAAAACCAAACAUGGGACUGAUUUACCAUUUAAAUGUGAACAUUGUCCCCAAGCAUUCACAGAUGAAAAAGAACUUCUUCAGCACACAGAGUUAUUUCAAGGACAUAAGACUCAUCAGUGUCCACAUUGUGACCAUAAGAGCACCAACUCAAGCGACCUGAAACGACACAUUAUUUCGGUUCACACGAAGGACUUUCCCCACAAAUGUGAGGUGUGUGAAAAAGGCUUCCAUCGUCCAUCUGAGCUCAAAAAGCAUAGUGAAACCCACAAAGGUAAAAAGAUACAUCAGUGUAGGCACUGUGACUUUAAAACUUCAGAUCCUUUUGUACUUAGUGGGCAUAUCCUCUCAGUUCACACCAAGGACCUGCCUUUUAAAUGCAAAAGGUGCAAGAGAGGAUUUAGGCAGCAAAAUGAACUUAAGAAGCACAUGAAGACCCACAGUGGAAGAAAAGUGUAUCAAUGCCAGUAUUGUGAAUAUAGCACUACGGAUGCAUCAGGCUUUAAACGACAUGUAAUAUCAAUACACACAAAAGACUACCCACACAGGUGUGAAUACUGCAAAAAGGGAUUCCGUAGACCAUCAGAAAAAAAUCAACAUAUAAUGAGGCAUCACAAAGAGGCCAUAAUGUAAUAUAUGAUGUUGAGAAGGAAGCAGUUUAGAAACUGUGAUAUGCUAAUUGGGGAAAAAAAUCUCAUGAACUGUUUCUCCUGGUUUCAAAGCUUGAUAUUAAAUCAUAACUUUACAUUCUUUGUAUUAAAAGUCUUAAAAGUAUUAAGGUUGACAGGGAUCUCAUAGUCCUAAGAUUGUGGCUUAUCAGAACCUAAAGAGCACUAUAGAAUGCAGAAAGAUGGAUGAAUGUCUGAAAGGUUGCAGAAGGAUUGCUGAAUGUCUUCUAUUUAAUAGUAUUAUACAUUGUUAAGCUACAGAAGAGAAAAUGAAGACGAUUGUGUUAACCAUUUAAUCAGUAACAGCAUUUGUCUCCAAUAUGAAAACUUCAGUUGUGGUGGGGUUAUUUACAAACUUUUUGUCAAGGCAACCAAUUCUGGCUUUUUAUGCAGUUUUGAAAAGAAUAUAAGGCAAUCACUUGGUCAUUAUGUUUUUAAAUUGUGCCUGGAAAUUGUAUUCCAGAAUUGGUCAAAUUUGGGGGUUUCUCCCAUUUUUUUUUUUUUUUUUACAUUUCAUUGGGAAACCUUUUUGUUUCCUUUAUUAGUCUAGGUUCAGUGAGUAAUUUUUUAAAACUAUUUUCAGAGCUGCUAACCUAUUUUAUGGCAGGAUAUGAUGUUAAAAAUAUUGCAUAAUGUUAUGAGCUCAAAGGUGGUGGUCCGGUGCUAGGGUUAAAAAUAUGUAUGUAUAUAAUUUCCCUUUUUUAUCUGAAACUGCAGUUGAAUGUUGUUUAGUAUGGCACAUGACAAAUACCUUUUGAAUCUGUCAUUUCUUUUAAAAGGAAAAAAUGAAUGCAGCUGAUAGUGUUGUCUCAACACUGGUUUUUUUUUUCCUUACUACUUUAAGAUCUCUAAAAAGAGUAUUAAAAAAGAUUCAAAGAACACAAUAGUUUUCUUGAAUUAAAAUACAAAAUACUUAGAGGUUCUUUAGGGCAGUGUUUAUAACAGGUAUGUCUAUUCUAGUCCUACCUGCUAAUAUAAAAUUUUCAGUAUAGACAUAAAAUUGCACCUUUUAAUCGGUUCUUUAAAAAUCUCUACCAUACUAUAAACAUGCAUUUUCAAUCUGUAAGAAAGUAUAUAUGCAGUAUUUAACCAGAAAAAUAUGCUGCCACUAGAGUUUGGAGGUGGAUCUUCAGUUUACAGUGUAUACAUUUAAAAUAUGCAUCCCUUUAAACAAUGCUUUGUGUUAGCAUGCUGCAAAUCAAAUGGCGCUUAAUAUAACAAGCUGGUCUAGGGCUAUUUAAUGAAAAACCUGUUCAUAAAUGUUAUGCAUAUAAUGUGUACUUUUUUACUUUUAGUUGCUUCAUGUUUGCACACAGCUGUUCACAUGAUAAAUUGUAACUUUACUUCAUGCUAUAUUGUGGCUUUGUGUUUCAGAUAAUGUUCAUAUUUUGUUUUUGCACCAGAUGAGAAUCAGUUCCUUGAGAAUAAAUUUUUUUUAUAUUUCUAAACUUCAGAAAGCUAAAUUGGGAAAUCUCUUAGAAAAAUAAGUGUUUUAUGUGGCUGUAAAAAAUGAUGUACACGCUGUAAAAUAAGAUUGUCACUGUUACGUGGGAUUAUUAUUUCUAAAUGUGUUACUCAUCGUAAUGAGCAUACAAUAAAAUGCAUCUCUUGCACUCCAAGGUU